AUGUCGGGGAGAAUAUGGCGGCUGCGGUAACGUUUCCUAGCUGAGUUCAGAAAUUUUUUCUCGGAUCACUUUUACGGUAUGAGGCUUGGCAUUAACCUGCAAGAAUAUCACUUUCUUCCGAACUCAUAAUGGACAAUUCGAGUUGCUGUCCACCGAACAACAAAAACCUUGUUUGGGUGCAAGGAAGCCUUGAGCGUGUAUGGUACCGAAUCAGUAGGCGACAACCAAUAAUACGAACGCGUAGAAUUCGAAUACAAGAUCCAUUUUUCGUCGCAGGUUAAUAACCGAUUAAGAAAUGGUUCAUUAGCGUUGCGUGAAAUAUUUUCUGAACCAAUGGUAAGACGACUUAAUUUCUGAUGAAGAUGCAAACGAAUAGUUUCAGGACUCACUCUGAACAUUUCUGCAAGUUCUUGGCACGUUGUCCUGGAAUUUGCGUCCACAAUCUGUCGAAGAUCCUCGUUGUUCAUGAUUUUUGGUCUCCCUGAGCGCG